AUGACCAACUCUAGGGAGGAGAUCGGAUAUAUUCUUUCAUUCAGCGAUAGAUUACGACCUUUGGAAGAGGCAGAUGGAUUCAAUACUAAAGACAAAGUGACACAGGCCGAAGAGCUACUUGCUACGCACUUCACACCUAUACCAAAAAGCCUCAAACAUGAGGGCACCCAGUCACAAAGGGAGCCGAUACACAUACCACAUCUCAUGAUAGAGAAGAUUAAACGGAAAGCACCCGGAGACGAUGGCCUCCCAGCAAUGAUACCAGAAGCGCGGGCUUAUUCGUCAAAUGAUGGGUUUGAUGAUUAA